AUGGCUGUGGAGAAUCCUUUGGAGGUUGAAAAUGUCUUCAGAGAAGAUUUUCCGGUGGGUAUGCGUGUUCUGGCUGUUGAUGACGAUCAAACUUGUCUCAAACUGUUGGAGAAGUUUCUUCUUAUGUGCAAGUAUAAUGUUACUACAACUACGAAACCUGUGGAAGCGCUAGAAUUGUUGAGGGAAAAAAGAGAUAUGUUUGACCUUGUAAUUAGUGAUGUAAGCAUGCCAGAAAUGGAUGGAUUCAAGCUCCUUGAGCAAGUUGGACUUGAAAUAGACCUACCCUUCAUCAUGUUGUCAGGAAAUGAUGAUAGAGAGAGGGUGAUGAAAGGUGUGAUGAAAGGCGCUUGCGACUAUCUAGUGAAACCAAUCCGAUUGGAAGAGCUUAAGAACAUAUGGCAACAUGUAGUGAGAAAGAAGAUUGAAAGCAAGGAUCGGAAUAAAGUUUGGGAUGAUGAACUGCAUAAAAAAUUUGUAUCUAUAGUUAGUCAACUCGGCCUUGAUAAGGCUUAUCCUAAGAAGAUAUGUGACUUGAUGAAUGUUGAAGGGCUUACAAGGGAAAAUGUAGCUAGCCAUUUGCAGAAAUACAAACUUAGUCUCAAAAGACCAUCUAAACAGGCUAGAGUAGAUGCUGCAUUAGAUCCUCACCUACAAAAGAAUUCAGUAGCUGGAUAUGGAGAUUUUUGUACCUUACCUGGAUCAAGAAGAAUCUUAAGCAGCACAUUGCCAACAUAUGCAUCUAGUAACAUGUUUUGUCGGUUGAACGCACCAUCUGGCUUGAACUUGAGAGGAAUGAGUUCUUCUGCACUAGUCCCUCCACUUCAGUCUCAAAACAUUCCCAGUUACAAGCAGCCAUUGUUUUUUGCAAGUGAAAGCUCGAGUGCUUUAAAGGGUGUUCGAACGUCAGUGGAAAUUAACCAAUUUCAGCAGAACAUUUACCCACCUGGUAACAUGAAAUUAAGUCCAAUUGAUGAUUCAAGUGCAUUUACAGAUUCUUCUGGCUUCCAAGACAUCAGAGCUAAUGUUAAUAAUGCAAAUAGUUUUCUUUCUUGCAUCUCAAGCAAUCACCUACAAACACAUAAUUCAAGAGCAUUCAUAAAUCACCCAUCUGUUGGAGGUCCUGCUAUGGAACAAAAAUCUUUUAACCCUGCUACAAGUGGUUCCUAUAACUUUGCUUCCAAUCCUUCUCCAUUGAGUGAGGAUUUUAAUAAUGAUCAAAUAUCUCACAAUAGCUUAAAGUUUGCCUCACUCAGUUCUCAAUUUAAGAAAAAUCCAGAUGAUUUUUCUUCGAUACGCGUCAUUGAUGUUCCUUUAGAGGAAACGAUGCAAUGUCAAGAUGGAUUACUUGGGAGUGUUGUAACGGCUUCAUGUUACACGCAUCAGCAAAAUGUGGGUUCUUCCUUCAACAAUACCUUGGAUUCUUCUAAUGCAGACACAAGUUCCAUGGUCCAUAGUGUACCCCAAACUAUUAGUCCAUUAAUCACUCAGAUGCCUGUAGUUGAAAAAUUCUAUUCAGACGAAAGAACUAUGGAAUCAAAUGGUGAUUGCUUUUUUGAGCAAUUGCUUGAUGUAGAUGGAUUCGUUCAGAAUAGUUCUUUGCCUUGGAUGACACAAUAA